AUGAUUGAAGCCAUGCCCAUCGUGUCUGCAAGCACAGGGCUCCAUGAGACUCUGGCCCUGCUCACCUCUCAGCUCCACCCUGAUGCAAACCAUAAAGAGGACUUGGUCUUCCUCAAAGAUGUCUUCAGUGAGAAGAGCCUUGGUUACCUCAUGAAGAUCCAUGACAAACUGAGGCAGUAUGAGAAACACAGCCCAACUCCUGUUCUACACAGCGCCUCCUGUCUGGCAGAGGAUCUGGCAGAGGAGCUUCAGAAUGGAGCGCUGGAGGACGAUGAGAGAGAACUUCUUCUCCUGCUGAGCACUCCUCACCUCAAGGCGGUGCUGUCAGCCCACGACACAGUGGCCCAGAAGAACUUUGACCCGGUGCUGCCGCCACUGCCGGAGGAUCUGGACGACGACCUGGAGGAAGAGUCGGUCAAGAUAGUCCGCCUGGUGAAGAACAAGGAGCCCCUGGGAGCAACGAUCCGGAGAGACGAGGCAACAGGUGCUGUGAUCGUGGCCAGAAUCAUGAGGGGAGGAGCAGCUGACCGCAGCGGUCUGGUGCACGUUGGGGAUGAGCUUCGCGAGGUCAAUGGAAACCUGAUAACCCACAAAAGGCCAGAUGAAAUCAGUCAGAUUCUGUCCCAGUCACAAGGCUCCAUCACGCUGAAAAUUAUUCCAGCUGUUGCAGAGGAAGACAAGCUGAAGGAAAGCAGGGUCUACCUCCGGGCUUUGUUUGACUACACGCCCUACGAGGACAAGGCCACGCCGUGCCAAGAGGCGGGACUUCCCUUCAAGAGGGGCGACAUUCUUCAGGUUGUUAGCCAGGAGGACGCCACCUGGUGGCAGGCCAAGAGGGUCGGCGACUGCAACCUGCGCGCUGCCCUCGUCCCCUCUACGCAGUUCCAGGAGAGGCGCCUAAGAUACAGGAUGAAAAUGGGUUCUUUCCCCACCCCCGUGUCCCCCAAAGCUCCUACAUAUGAUCGUGCUGAGAGAGAAGACUGUGACAGAGAGGGUGCUCUGAAUGGAAAAGACAUAGUUUCUCCCAAGAGUAAGGCAGCCCCUGCCUUCUGUGGCCAUGCUUUCUCAUGGGAUUUUUACUCAGCCGGCCUGCGCAGAAGUUUCCGCCUCAGGAAAGAUCGUCCGUGUUCACCAGGAGAACCUCAAACUCCAGAUGCCAAUCACACAGAGUUCCUGAUUUACGAAGAAGUAACGCAAUACUUGCCCCGCCCUGGUGAAAGGCCUCGGCUCAUAGUCCUGAUAGGUUCCCUGGGAGCUCGAAUCACUGAGCUCAAACAGAAGGUGAUCGCUGAAAAUCCUCGACGUUAUGGUUUGGCCGUGCCUCACACCACUCGAGCCAGGAAGUGUCACGAGAGGGAAGGAGUCGAGUACCACUUCAUCACCAAAGCCGCUUUCGAGGCCGACAUCCAGAAUAACAAAUUUAUUGAAUAUGGGGAAUAUAAAGAUAAUUUGUAUGGCACCAGUUUGGAAUCCAUUCACCGAAUUUUGGAUCAAAAGAAGGCCUGUCUGGUGGAUGUGCAGCCAGAGGUGCUGAGGACUCUUCGUACCUCUCACUUCAAACCUUAUGUCAUCUUUGUAAGGCCUCGCAUCUAUGAUAGUCAAAGGAAACCUCUUGGCUCCUCUUCCUCACUCAGCUUAGGAGUCACGGAGGAUGACCUACAGGAAAUGAAACAGUCAGCUGAGCGGAUGGACGAGUGCUACGGCCAUUGGGUGGACUACAUCUUGGUGAAGGAGGACCCAGUCAGUGCCUUAGCUGAGCUCCAGGUCGUACUGGAGAGGGUGCAGAUGGAGCCUCAGUGGGUGCCUGUGUCCUGGCUGAGGAGCUAA